AUACUUCUCCUUCCAUAAGGUAACACCUCCGCCACGGUGCCCGGAUAGCUCUGCACUCUUGCUCUGUCUGCCUUGCCUCUCUAGUUUACCUUUGCUUUUUCACCUUUGCUUCUCCAGGUUACAUCAUCAGUCUAUCGCAACCGGACUUGUCCUCCCUUUGACGACACUAGCAAAACAUUUCCUUGCCCACACCGAUCUGGACCACCUGUGCCACACGAUCCCGCCUACUCCCUCGAUUCUUCGCGUCAAUCGAAACGUUCCUCGGACAAGAACAAAAAGUCCUAUAUAUUGUAGCGUUGCCCACACGUCCCUUACUCCGACCAACGUUGCCGCCUUACUCCCCCUCCUCCACCCCUUCGCCCCGCCAAACUGUCACGAGCUUCACCACACCAGAAGUCGGAUCUCGGCUGCGCAUAAUCGGAGGAAACCACACACAAGAUGAAGAGGUCGGGCUACAUGACGGGGGGCCGUCGUGCCAGCUCCUCGGGGCAAGGCGCGAGGUCAAACCUGCCGCCCUUUCCCAUGCGACAGAUGUUCGUUCUUGCUCUCUGCAGGAUAUGCGAACCCAUCGCCUUCAUGUCCAUUUUCCCAUACAUCUACAGUAUGGUCGACGGCUUCCACAUCACCGAAGACAAGAGCAAGAUUUCCGUCUAUGCCGGCAUGGUCACUUCCGCUUUUACCUUGGCCGAGUUCUCUACGGGAGUCAUGUGGGGAAGACUCAGCGACAAAAUCGGUCGCAAGCCGGUCCUUCUGAUGGGCCUUUUCGGCACGGCCAUCAGCUCCCUGGUUUUUGGUUUCGCCCCGAACCUGCCCGUUGCUCUAUUUGCGCGGGCACUGGGUGGCCUUUUGAACGGAAACAUUGGUGUGCUGCAAACCACCGUCGCAGAACUCGUCACGGUCAAGGAGCACCAACCUCGUGCAUACACCAUCAUGCCUCUGGUUUGGUGCUUAGGUUCCAUCGUUGGCCCUUUCAUUGGUGGCGCACUCGCCAGGCCUGUCAUCAACUACCCUUCGUUGUUCGACGCCGGCACGAUUUGGGAUCGGUAUCCCUACCUCCUGCCCAACCUGUUCAGCGCCGUCACCGUCUUCUGUGGUGUAAUCAUCGGCCUUCUUUUCUUGGAGGAAACUCACUCGGAGCGCAAGAAGCGGAGAGAUCCCGGCGUGGAACUGGGGAAGCGCAUCCUUUCGUGGGUAUCUACCAAGAGCUGCCAGAUCCCGGCCCGCAAGGCGGAGAAGCAAGCCUUGCUCGACGAUGAUGAACUGCCCGGAUACCGCACCACGGAAAAUUCACCUCAACUAGUCGGAUCUGCCUCUGCUAUUCCCGAGCCUACGGAGACUUUGGACCUGACAGACACGGCAAACAACGAUGAGCUUGAGGAACAGCCCAAGAAGAUAUUCACCAGGCCCGUCAUUUUGAACAUUAUCUCGUAUGGCAUCUUGGCUUUCCACACCAUGACAUUCGACCAAUUGUUCCCUGUGUUCCUCAGCACCAAGCCAGAUGAGCAUCCGGACACUCAUCUUCCUUUUAAGUUCGUCGGCGGCUUUUCCAUGGAGACCGCACCCAUUGGCGUCAUCCUUGCCGUUCAGGGUGUCUACUCGAUGAUCUCGACGGUUUUCAUCUUCCCGUGGGUGACACGACGUCUCGGGCCUCUUCGCCUCUUCAGGAUGUUGGCCAUAUCCUACUUCAUGCUGUACCUGAUGACUCCCUACCUGGCGCUCUUGCCGGAAAAAUGGAGAAUGGUCGGCAUCUACUUCAUGGUCAUUUGGAAGUGCACCUUCUCGACAAUGGCGUACCCCAGCAAUGCAAUCCUGCUCACCAACUCGGCCCCGAGCCUCAUGUCACUCGGGACAAUUAAUGGCGUCGCGGCCUCCACGGCGAGCUUGUGCCGAGCUUUCGGACCGACCAUUUCGGGCUUCAUCUACUCACUGGGUAUUCAAACAGGAUACUCGGGCUUUGCGUGGUGGACCAGCGGUGCCAUCACCAUAAUUGGCGCCUUUCUCAGCAUGCAUCUCACCGAACCUCGUGGCCGUCUGGAUGAGCCAGUCAAGGACAUUGAGACGGCCAUCGAGCCAUCAGAAGCCGAGGGUCUCUUGAUCCCUAUGGACGACGAAUCUGAAGCGGAGGCUGGCCCAAGCCGUAGAUCGUGAUCCACAACCCACCACGGGCACGAUUUCCUACUUUUAAGGCUCGACUCACAUGGGCGGGUACCGAGAAGUCUAGACUUUUUUAUUCUUCCCAUCUUUUCUUCAUUCAAUUCUUUCUUCGAUUCAAUCUUCAUCAUUUAGCAACCGGAGUUUUCAUCCUACGGCGUUCAUCAUGGACAGGAAGGGACAAUCAAGACAUAGACUAUCGCUCAUGGGACACGACGGGAUUACGGGAAAUAUGGUUGGAACAACACGAUUUAAUUCGGACGGACCGGAGAUAGAGAGCAUACAAAGGACUCUCACGACUUGUCAGCUGUUGUGUUCUCGACAUUUCCAUCAGCGGGCUGCAUGACGGAUGUUUUAUUCGUUUCAUUCUGCUUCGCUUCGACUUAUCAUACUUUCUCGGAGGCGUUUUUGUUUUGUUUUGUUACAUCAUGUAAACGGGCCAGGCGAUUAACCUGGACCAGAUGGUUUUGUAUUAUGUCUUGCCGUUGUUUUCUUAGCCGGACAAAGGAGUUUGAGAUACCAUGGUAGCCGAAGGGACACCCGACGUUGGAAAGAAGGAGAUUUAGGAAUCCGCAUUUAGUGGUGGCGCAGUAACGCAAAAAGCGAAUGGUAUCUGUUUGACAAAUUAAAUGCCACAUGAACCAAU